CACGUCUACCCACUCCACUUAACUUUCCAAAGGUAGUAAAUGGUAAAGAAGUCGCCCAUUCGAUUCCGACUCGAGAACAUGGAGAAAGCCACCAUCCCAUUGCCUGGUUUCGAAAGCGACAAAUUUGCAAGGUUCGGACACCUUUGGCGACUUAUCGGAGUGUUGGGAUUGAUCCUGACCUUGUAUCAAGUCAACAUUUUACAAAUCGAUUACUUCACCUAUCCCUAUGACACACGGAUAUCCGUGAUCAAGGUUGAGAACGAGGCCAUUCCAUCCAUGGAGAUUUGUAUCUUCAACAAGGUCCAAUGUUCCAUGAUUAAACGCAAUCUUCAGGAUCCACAGGGAGAGUUGGUCCGUGAAACAUGCCAAAUCCUGAUCCACUCCCGAUGCUCUGUUCCUCCAGAUCUUAUGAAGAUCUGUAGAGCUAACAACCCUAUGUUUGAGUCCGAUGUAGAGACUUCUACUAAUUUAACCAUGAAGGAACAUAACUUGGCGAUUGAUGCCAUUUUGGGAUCGUCCGUGCCCCUGCAGCAAAAACUCAAUGAGGAUUAUGAAACUUUCAUUCAUUCCUGCAAUAUAAGUAAUCAAUCAUGCUCUGAAUACCAAUAUUCUAAUGUUAACGUGGACGCCUUGCAACCCUCUUUUAAUCCGGCAAUAGGAGCAUGUGCCAAGUUGAACUGGAAUGGGUCUAUCAAGAUCGAUGAACAAGGUCUGAAUGUUGAGAUUGUAGUCAAACUUAACCUCGAAGAUCCAACUCAUCAAGGGAUUGGCGAUGCCCAAGCAGGCGUCAAAGUUACUUUUGAUCGCGAAAAAGCAUUUCGGACGGAAAAAAAUGUCAUCUAUGUGCGUCCUAACACCUUCAACACUAUGAUUGUGGCCAAAAGUCGGGUCCGUAGCCUCCCGGAUCCAUAUUUAGCCAAGUGUACCAAUGGAUGGGAAAAUACGGCCAUCGCUGGGAUGUAUGACGAUUUCAAGCGAACGAUCGAGGAAUUCACCUAUGAUUUGGAUACUUGUUCCAACAUUUGCCAACUAGAGCGCACUUAUAACGAGUGUGGCAACUGUUUGUGGUCCAAAUUUGAGGAAGGGUCAUUUCAGACGGCAUUCUACAAGAAAUUCACCAAAACUCUUCUCCAUUGUAAUGAGACAGAUCCCCAAGUCCACAGUUGUUUGCUACAGUCUGAAAUUGGGGACACCAAAGAGGCAUGCCGUUGUAGAGAACCAUGUCUCAAAAUAGAGUACAAGGUGCGCUCUUCAAGUGCCCAAUGGCCUAACUGUUUCAAUUGGCAAAAGAUUGGAACCUCUUUGGGACUUGUUAAUGAAACUCAAUUGACCGGUUUGUCAGACAACCAUCCUGAAGUGAUUUUGGCUCAAGAAAAGGUCCAACAGAGUUUGCUGAAGAUCAAGGUAAUCCAAAGGACCAAGGAAAUACGAGAGUUCGAACAAGUGGCCAAAUACGAGUCCUGGACCGUGAUCGAUUCGUUGGGAGGAGCCACGUCCUUGUACGUGGGCAUUUCGUUCGUCACUAUCAUAGAGCUUAUAGAAUAUGGUAUUGACUACUUGAGAAGGAUGAUUAAAUAAGAAUGUGCGAGGACUUACCGAAACCCAUGCAUUAUUAAUCAGACGUUCAUAUUCUUAUUUAUGACCUUGAAUAUAAUCAAAAUAUGCUGUACUAAGGCGGUACCAUCAUAUUCAAGUCUUUUGGAUGAUGGUUUAUUACACAUGAAAAACCUACAACGCCUGCGAUUACAAACAAAGAUUGAAAUGAAUCAAUGAAUAAAUAAAGCACUGACGAAGGGCCAGAGCGGAA